GAGGGGGAGGGGGAGUUGUGCACUGUCAUACACGGGGAACACUUGAACCUCGGGCCGCUGGACUUCGAGAUUAUCCACGUUCCGGGGCAUACGUUAGGGCAGAUCGGGUUCUUUUUGAAAUCCUACGGGAUCGUGUUCACCGGUGACAUCGUCUUUCCGAUGGGCUGCGGCAGGCUCUUUGAGGGCGACGCAGCGGACUGCUACAGGUACUUUUACUACGUCUGCGGUGAACUUGCGUGUAUCGUUGUACACAGAUGUUCAUCUUACUUCUUGUUGCUACAUUUAGUCAACAUCUCCCACAUCAUAAUUCUCACUUGGCUAGAGGUCAAGAACAUCCUCUGUGCAAUUGCGGUUUGUGGUGUUGUGUCGGCUUGCUACGCCAGCAGUUAGCGUUGCGGUUGCCGGCGGGGGAGCUUUCAAAAAAUUGAAAAUAUUUAUAGAAACAAUAUACCGCAGGGCCCUGAAGCAGCGGCUGAUGGACCAUAUUCCGAAAUCCACGCUGAUCUAUUGUGCCCACGAGUACGCCACGGACGGGUGUCAGUUCGCUCUCGCGCUGGUGGAGAAGUCGGACCAGAGCCGGCAAGCAGUGAUCGACCGGUGCAAGAAAAUCGUGGACUUGCGCAAGGACAAAAUCCCCACAGUCCCCUUCACCGCGGAGGUAUCCAAGAAAAAAACUGUGUUAGUGUAACUUUCUUGGAGGAAUAGCAUCACAAAUUUGCUUCACAUGACAGAGAGAGCCUGUCAUGCGCGGCUAGUACGUGAAAACACGCACGAAAAGAGCUUCUGAUGCAUGUCCAGCAUGACAAGUGUAACUAUUUUGCAUUUUCUGCAUCACAGACUUACACUUACACAGUUUUUUUCUUGCAUAGGAGGAGGAGUUAUUGACGUCGCCUUUUCUCCGCGUGCAGCAGUUUUCGAAAAAGUUAGGGGAGUCCAAGGAAGAGGAAAUUUUCCGGCAGUUAAGGUCCGUCCGCAACGAUUUC